AAUGACAAGACAGAUUGCUGGCUGUUCGACAGUCCAACCAGUCUGUCUGUUUUAUACACUUAGACAUUAAAAAAGUAAUCAUCUGUGUCUACUGUUUGUGAUUUACUUACGGCUGUCCAAAUAAAUUCUGAAGUGAUUGAUUUUUUGUAUUGUAUUCUAACUUACUGUAAGUAGAAUAAAAUAUUAACUCUACCAUUCAAUCAACUCACAUUGUUUGAAAUCAAUAAGUGUGAUAUUAUCCGUACUCAAUGCCAUACAUCUUGAUUCGAGGUAAUUUGGCAUCGUAUGGGCACAAGAACCCUUGGCGUGUUUUGGUCUCCGGAUUGAAAGCUGGAGAGAUAGAGCAGUUAAAACGAUUUACUUGUGGUGGAUAUUGUGAUGAUUCUACAAUUGUAUAUCUUCAACAUCCUUGCGUUAUUCUUAGUGCACUAGAAGUUUUGGGUUACAAAGUGGUUGCAUCAAGCUCUACAGCAGUUAAACAGGACUACAAUGAAUAUAUGUGGACUAUGAGGAAAGAAUUUUCAGAGCCAGAGCCCUCAAUAAUAGUGGAGCAAGAUAAUUACACUAACUUUAAUAAGGAGGCUAUGCACUUGGGCAACUACCAGAAUCCUACUAAAGACGACGAGGACAAGAAGAAGUCAAAGCAUUAAGCAAGAAAUAUCCAGGAUCUGGCGUAGUUGUAAACGGAGUCUCGAUCAAGACCAAUGUUCUAGAUGCCAUCAAUUCACUAAGCCAGCUUGGAUACAAGAUUAUUUCUAGCACUGGUGAAACUGAAAUCACUUGGA